AUGGAGCAACUUCAUGAACCCCUUUUAAAGCAGUGUAUUGCUUCGCUUACUCUGAAUAACAACGUGCUAAAGCAAUGUUCACCUGACAAUUUUUGUGUGUUAAAAAAUGACGGGAACACUAAUCAGCAGGCAGCUAAGACUGUUUCUGUGGUCUUAACUCGUUUAACCAAUGCGGCGACCUCCUAUGUUCACGUUCUUCGAUGCAAUGUUUGUGAUUACUUGACUCUCAAUCCAUCCACCUUAAAGGAACAUUUUCAUCUACAGCAUCCAUCAUCUCUUGGUUUCCUUACAUAUACCUGUUCUCAAUGCUCUAGUUUGUCUACAGAACGAUGUUUGAUGGAAGAACACUUACGGAUAUAUCACCGGAUAACUGAGAACCCAACUGCAAAACUUAUUGAAAGAUUCCAUACUUCGGUGCCAACAACUGAUGUCUUCAGCGUUAACUGUGUUUCACCCCCUACAGUUUCUGGAAGCGGACUUCCUUUUAGUGUGAUGAAUUCCAAUACAACAUUUGCACAAAACAGUCUUGCGUUAAAUCUGGCUAACGCUAUUACAGCUCUCCAAAAUGCUAACAAAGCUCAAUCACAACAGACAAUAGUGAGUGCUGAGUCAUCCUCUUGCACCACCUACACAAUUUCAACUGUCUCAUCAGCCAAAACCCCAGUCACUACCACUUUUGUUAGCCCGGAAAACUCCGAGCAAGAUGCGAACGCCGAUUCACAAAUAUUUCAAGAUGGUUCUAUUUCAUCUGAAGCUCAGAUAUCGACUUUAAGUAACCCAGCUUUCGCUAUCAGUGGAUCUCGUAGAAGAAAGGCAACUACCCCUGGACGUAUCUGUUUAUCUGCAUCAAAAUCAACAAAGGAAUGUUUGCCAGUUGAAGAAAUGGAUACGGGAACAUGUGGUCCGAACCAAUCAUUAGUCAACUCUAUAAAAAUUGAGAAUCCACUUCUUGGCAGUUCACCUGCGAUUAAGCGUACUUUUUCAUCUGGUGUGGAUGAAGUUGACGGUCAGAUAAAAGAUAUUAAGUCACCAAAGUCUAAACGAAUAUGCAAGGAUAUGGAUAGUAAAGUAGCUGAUAUAAACACUUCUAAAAGCCUUUUUGUUUCAAACGUCACACCACUCUGUUUAUCUAUUGGGAAUUCGGUGGCUGACACCAAGCAAGUACCUGUAGUAACAUUCAGUUCUCCCCAUUUAAAUGGUCUUAAUUCAAUGACGGUUGCUAGUCCUUUCCUUGGACAACUAAUCCCACUCUCCAGUUUACCUGAAAAUCUCAUUUGUGGUUUGUCAGCAACACUUAUGCAUAAUCUGCAAACGUCAACAAUGAGCAAUAUUACUGAUACUUUGCCAGUAACGAGUACAGAAAAUCAUCAUGAAAUGUCGACAGCAAAUAAUCCCCCUUCUGCAUGGGUCCUAACUAAUCCAUCUACUAAUCUGUCAGCCAACUUAAGCCAACAAACUGCAUUAAAUGCAUUACAGCCUACUUUAUUUGUGCCAGUACCAACUCUAGGUGAUUCAUCUAUAUCGUCAUCCAUAAAGGUUCCACAGUCUGGAGAUACUUCGGCAGCGUCUAAUCCCUCUGCAAACGGCGCUGGAAUUUUACGUUAUCCUGAUAUAAUUGAAGCUUUGAAAUGUAUGGCAGCUAACGGAAACCUUAUUUCAUCUAUUAAUGUACCGGCAUCAUCGUAUUCCACAAAUCUACCUACUACAGGAAACAACUCAAUAAAUGUUGCUGAUAACAUUGGUCGUUUACAGUCUGUUUCACAUAUAAGCCCAUCUAACUUAUCUAGUUCAGAAAGCCUUGCAGCCUUAGUAGCCCAUCUAACUGCAUCGAAUCAUUCACAAGCAGGUCCACAACCAAUGGGAAUACAUAUGCCAAUAACAAUAAAUAGUAGUGUUACACCAACCGACAAUAAUGUUAUUGAUCCUUUAUCUUUUUGUGCAACCUCUACAUCUGAAAUGUCAAAUAUUCCGAGUUUCACUACAUUAGUUUCUCAUGCACCAGUAUACUCUAAAGUUGAUAGGGCAGGGUCAGAUCGAACUAAUUUAAUUCCUGUGAAUAGUAUUGAAGCCAAUGAAGAUAUCAGUUUUGCGUCAAAUGACCAAGCUCUAGACAUGUCUGUGCGGUCAAUAACUAUGCCAUCUGAACACUCUAAUUCUCUUCUAGGAAUGUCAAGUUUGAUAAAAUCUGAUGAUAAAAGUAUAAAUCUGUUUACCGGGAUUGAUGUUAAUGACUCAUCAUAUAAAGAAACGAAUACACUUGAACAACCUACAUUCAGUGUUGUAAAUAAUGUUGCUGAUGUGAUAAACGCAGCUCUUAAAGGUGGCUUAAAACAACGUUUAAUACAGUCCAUUGAAGUUCCAGUGUCCAGUUUCUUACCGAGUGUGAAUGAAACGGUCAUUAAUUCAGAUCAUUCCGCCGAUAAACUUAACCAAAAUGUGAAUUGUCAAACUGAAUGUCAUAAUAAUGCUACGAAUAUUAAGAAACCGAUGACGAACUCUAGUAUGGUAUCAAGUGUUCGAAAUUCAGAACCACUAACUUUCACAGGUGUAGAUAAUAAAUCCGUUCAGACUACUAUUUCAACCGGUGCAUUGGCGAAUUCACCGUCUACGUCUUCUCACGUCGUAAGUUUAACCCAGUUACAAGCAAUUAUGGCUGCGCUGGUGAACGCCUCCUCUGUUUCGAUUUCUGUACCAGCCAACUCAACAGUAUCAGGGUCAUCCUUGUCGGUGACACCCACAUGUACCAAUGCUUUAUCAUCGCUAAAUACUCCAAACCUUUCAUUUCAACAAAUCAUAAACCAUACAACGCCUACAGUAUCUUCUUCAAAUACAGGCGUAUUGAUAAAUACUCCGAUUCCUACUUCAAACUUAACUAUGUCAGGAUCUGUAACUGCUUCAGAGGCUGGAAGUACUUCAUUAGUUCCUGGCUUAAAUAACUUAACGAGUGUAUGUGGCUUUACCCUCUCUGGAGCAUCAGGUUUAGUGAACAACAGCACAACAUAUAGUCCAUCAGCGUCAAAGAAUUUGGGGACCAUUAAUUCAAGUAUCAAAGGUAUUACGGUGCCACCAGGGGAAUGUAUCUCUUUGACGGGAGUUCUUUCUGGUAAUGUAGCUAGCUUACAUGGCAAUUCUGGACAUUUAGGACACACAGUUGUGGGCAACCCAGCCUUAAUUAACUUUAUUUCAGGGAACAAAUCUCCCAUGCAAUCCAGUGUGACACUGACUUCAGCAAACGCAGCACGUUUAUUGAAUAGUCUCACAACAUCAACAGGAACCAAUGUAUUACCUAUGGCAAACAACGGGUCCAUCAGCACUAAUGUAAGUGUGUGUGGUGGUACUUUAUUGGGAGCAGCUAGUUUACCUAGUGGAGCAAUCAGUCUUUUAGAUCCUCAACAAGCGUUAUUCGCUGCUGCUGCCGCUGCUGCUGCUCAAAAUAUCCAAAGACCGGGCGCCAUACAGAAUGCUGUAAACCAGAUUGCCUUGGCUAAUCUUAAAACAUCGAAUGCUGGUGGAAGACAUAUUGGUACAAGUACUCCAGUAAUUGGUCUUUUGGAUCCACGUGCUGCUCUCCAGUUGCGUGUUGCAGAUGCAUCAUCAACAGUAUCUACUAUUUUGACAUCUGCCAGUUUAUCUAACUGUUUUAAUAAUGCCACUUACUCUCAUACAUUAGAAAAUGAUCAAACCGAAACACAAGUUAACGACUCAACUCGAGGUAUAACAAGUGAGACGGACUUAAAUCAUACAAGUGAGCUUGAAACGGGUUCGAAUUAUGAAGAUCAAAUGGAUGAAGAGUGGGAAGCAGAACAAGAUGAAACAUGCUCAGUCCAUAGUGGUCCACAACAUUUAUGUUCUAAACAGAAUGAUAGGAUUUGCGACAAAACUAGUGGAGAUUCAGAAUCUCCAAGCAAAUCAGACCAGAAAGGUGAAACUAUUCUAAAAACUGACAUUUCAUGCAGCUUGUUACCGGAUCUAGUAAUAAACGGUUCUCAGGUUCAGCUAGAACAAGUGGUGCAAGCUCGUCAGGUGGUAGGCGUGGUUUAUCAUCGUUUAAACGAUCCAAAUAAUCAACAACAAUUACGUCCACAUCGACAGAACUUUACACCAACCCAGAACCGAAUAUUAACUGAGUGGUAUCAGUUGCAUCAAGCAAAACCUUACCCGUCUACUGAUGAUACUAAGGAACUGGCAAAUAUAUCCGGUUUGAGUUAUUCACAGGUGAAAAAGUGGUUUGCCAAUAAGCGUGCACGUUCUACAUCCAGUGGUCUCCCGAAGCCUACGCCCCCAUUAGCACCUGACUCAUCUACAGAUCCUUCAGCUGCUGCAGCUAUUGUGGCAGCAGCUGUGGCCGCUGCAACUUCAGCAGUUGCAGAUAGUGGCAAUGUUAUAACAUCCACGCCCACAACUACAGUGAACACCCCUUCCAAUGUUGCUACAAUUGCUGCUAGUAUUAGUGAUAGUGAUGCCGCCUUGUCUCUCCAACCAUUUCUGCUCAAACCAAAACCACUUUCAUUCACAUCGCAACCGUAUGCAGAUUUGAGUAUCCCUAAAACUGAAAAUGAGAAUGAAACAGAAUUUGUAUCCAGUCUCAUUUCAUCUCAUUUACAAAUUAACCAAGAAUGUAUUAAAACUGUAUUAUUGUCAACAUCUAAUUACAAUAGCACCACAAGUAACGAUAAUUUAGUGGAAACUUCGAAAGUAGAUGGUGAAGAUGAAGUGAUGAAUAUCCCAUUGGAAGAUAAUUCAAUAGCAUCCGAUGACAGUCAGGAAAACAACGACAAUCAAAUGAUUCUGAUAAAUAAUUCGAUAAAUCCUUCUGAUUCUGUAUGUUACUCCGCUUCAUCACCACCUACACUGCAUGUUCAUAUUAACCAUAGACUGAAUUCUCCAACUAAUCGUUUAGACACAUUAUCAUCGCCUUCAUCCUCCUCAUCCUCCUCCUCCGCGUCAUCAUCUUUAUCAGAUGCAGAAUAUAAUAAACAGCAAAAAACAAACAAAACACCGCCAGAAAAACAGAUUAAAGAAGGCAUCGAAAUAAAAUCUGUUACAUGUGAACACGAGUCUGUUUUAAUUAUAACUGAAGAAACGAACAGCAAUACUUCGGAUUGUUCAUCAGCUCCGACGAUUACAAAUUUGACAAUUAAAGAUUUUUCAGCUAUUGCUACUGAUACAAAUACAACGAAUGACAACAAUGAUCGUGGUAUUGCACAAAAAAUAAAUGUAUAA